UCUCCAGCAAAAGGAACAAAGCCAUCUUAGAUGAUUUCCCAUCCGACGUUUUUCCCAAAACUCACCUCGGACGGGCAACCCCAGGUAGCCCAUCCAAUUGCCUGAAAAUUCUUCGGACCAAUCCCCUGCAGUCGAUAGACUACGAAGUGUUCGACGGUUUCGGUGAUGAUAAGGCUGCUGCGACGGAUCUCACCUACCCAAUGAAGUUUCCCGACGGCAAAGUGCCCGAGAUCGCAGGGUCAUGCGAUGGAUUGGUCUGCUUGGCAAUUGAUGAACAUGUAGUCGUGUGGAAUCCAACUACCAGGGAGUGCAGGCAGUUGCCAAGUCCUUGUUCGGUUCCCUACGACAAGUACUUCUAUGGUCUUGGCUAUGAUUCUACAUCCGGUGACUACAAAGUCCUAAGGGGCGCUUACUUUGCCGAUGCCAACGAUGGCUCGGCGAAAAGAAUAGUGGAGAUCUUCGCGCUGAGAACUGAUGCUUGGAGAAAAGUCCAGGACGUCCAAAUGCCCGAGGGACUGUAUAGUGCAGGGGCUUUCUGCAAUGGAUCGGUCUACUGGCUUGUGAGACGUGCGAAAGGUGAAUUUGAAGUGAAUGCGAUUGCUUCCUUUGAUCUCACAGAGGAGAAGUUUUAUGAAGGGAUGAUACCGCAACCCGACGUUGACCAAGGCAUGCUGUUCGAGGGACUAAGGAUCCACCGUGGAUGUCUGAUGUUAUAUUAUGGUCACUGGGAUUUCCACUUUCAGGCUUGGACUAUGACAGAGUACGGGGGUGAAGUCAUCGUGGACUAUAUUAUUCAGUGUCUCGACAGAUGGUUUGCCCGGGAACAUGUUCUCACUCACGCCACUGUCUAUGACUAAGAAAGGCAAUAUCAUGGUAGAAGUUGAUAAUUGGGACAUAGUUCUCUAUGAUUCGACAGAAGGGAACUACUAGGAGCUUUCCGAUCAAGAACACUUAUGAUUGGCUCGAAGCGGUGGUUUAUACCGAAAGUCUGGUCUCACUGUAUGGUCGACGCGUAACUGCUGACUGAAACAAGAAGGGUUGUGCGCUUUAGGUGAAAUUGGUGAUGUUUUUCCAAUUUCCCAAACUAUUGUCCCUUGAAAGUGCUUUGGUUUGACAUUUGUUCUUCGACGGAAAAUGAGAGAACUUCAUUGAACGUUCCUCAGAAAAUGAAUAUGUAUCAUCCCAUACAAGUUUCCGAUAUCUAUAAGAUUAAUAAUCUUAUAUACAAGUUUCCAAUAUCCAUAAGAUUAAUAAUCUUAUCUUUAAAAGAAGAUCAUUUUCACCAACUUCCCGAUCUAAAUUCUCUUCAAUGGCGAAACUGCAUCAGCAGAGGGGGAUCAAAUUCACCAGAAAUGCAGCUUCAUAUGGAAAAGGAGCUUUCCAUG